AUGAGAAACAACAGUCAUACUGACAGGACUAUCAAAAAGGCAUCUGCGAAAGUUAAACUGCUAUCACAUAUCCGACAGAAUGUCAGUCCAUAUGUUGCCGAGAAAAUAUACAAAGUUAUGAUUGAACCAACUCUUGGAUACUGUGGUAACUUAUUUCAUGGUAUAUCAAAUACCACUGUAAAUCGAUUUCAGCAAAUUCAAGAUCGUGCUGUCAAUAUCGUAUAUGGUACUAACGUAACACCUAAUCGCUGGUGUUCAAUACGAAAUGUUAGGAAACUUCACCGCGCACAGGAAGUUUUUAAGUGUCUAAAUGGCCUAGUACCUAAUCAAUUUAAUGGCAUUUUUAACAAGUUCUCCCACCAGAAAGAAACGAGAGGAAACAACUCAAAAUUGAGACUACCAAAAGUGAAAACAGAAACUGGUCACAAGAUGUUCUCGUUCCAAGGAGCUCUGGUUUUUAACGAACUGCCAGAAAAUUUGAGGAAUGAGACAUAA